UUUUGAUCUGAAGUAACAGCAUAGUGUCAGUCAGUGGUUAACAGCUCCAGCAUGGCAGAGAUAGAAGCCUGGUACAUUGACAGCUCAGAUGAGGACCAGAGGAAGCCUCACAGACUGAACCCGAACCAGCCUGUUUCUCUGGAGGAGUUAAAGAAGAUUGGUGUUUUACAUUGGAAGUUGAAUGCUGACAUCUAUGAAACAGAUCCAGAGCUGCAGAAGAUCAGAGAGGAGCAAGGCUACUCCUACACGGACAUCAUCACUAUCCACAAAGACACUCUGCCCAACUAUGAAGAAAAGCUUAAGAUGUUCUAUGAGGAACACCUGCACUUGGACGAUGAGAUCCGGUACAUCCUGGACGGCCGGGCCUACUUUGACGUCAGGGACAAGGAGGAAAGAUGGAUCAGAAUCGCUAUGAGUAAAGGAGACCUGAUCACCCUGCCAGCCGGCAUCUACCACCGCUUCACCAUGGACGAGACCAACUACACUAAAGCCAUGAGGCUGUUUGUUGGAGAGCCGGUGUGGAAGGCGUACAACCGGCCAGCUGAUGAGUUUGACAUCCGGAAGAAGUACAAGGCCUCUCUGCAGGGGUCCUGAGUAAACACCGCAGCAGGGUUACACCAGUCAUGAAGCAGACACCCUAACCCUAACCCCCCUAACCCUAACCCUAACCCUAACCCGUUCACCUAUGCACAACUUUUGAUGUGAUUGUAGUUAAGAUGCUUUUUAGUGGUAAAUGAAAUUAUGAUUCCUACUGAAAAUAGGUGCAUUUACAUGUAUGGUACUAUAACAUGCACCAUUUAAGCUAUGAAUUUUUCCAUUUUGACACUACACUUCUUCUCCGUUACACUUCAGAGUGAAAAACUGUACUUGUCACUUCACCCAUAUUUAACAGCUGUUAGAUUGUACAUAGAAAACAUGUUUAUCUCAACUACCUAGAUAUAAAUGCUGCUGAUAGGUUAACAUGUUAUUACUGUGACAUCAUCCAAGGGGAGUCCUGUAAGACUGCAGAUGGUACCUUCUUGUAUCUGCUGACUACAACAGAACCCCUGUAAUAUUGAUUGAUUUGCUCCAGAGGCUAAAUCAUCAUCAGACUAAUAUCUACUAUACUUGUGUACUUAAGGUGCAGUGGGUAGGAUUUAGUUUCCAAGUACAGUGGCCAAGAAACUCACUAAAGCACCUCUCUAGAGUCAGUGUUUGGUUUGUCCACUCUGGGCUACUGUAGAAACAUGGUGGUGCAACAUGGCAGGGUCCGGGGAAGAGGAGCUGCUCCUUAUGUAGGUGUGGGUCAUUGUACGGUCACAAAAACACAAGUUCUCUUAUUUUUCAAAUGACUAUAAGCUAACUAAAACUCAUUACGUUAUAUUCCAUUUCUGCCAUGUCUGUUCCUGCUACCACUAAAUUCAACACACUGCACCUUUAAGUAAAUGUUUGAAUGUGAGUAAUGAAGUGCUUUUUUCAC